CCACGUCGCACGCGCGAUCGCAAUUGUAAUUCGGGUGCGCGCAGGCGUUGAGAUCUGUACGACGGUAUUAAAUACUUUAUUGGCAGCCCGAUCGUACAACUAGUCUGGAAUUUAAUUAUUCAAUUGCACACACCCAUUCUCGCAAAACUGCAACAACUCAGCGUCCUUCUCAUGGCGGGCAAAGCAUGACUUCUCCAUACCAAAGGUGACCUCGAGUCCCUCAUCCGGGUACAGCUCCGCCUCCCCCGCCCGCGCCCCGGUAGUAGCGCGGCUAGGUAAGAGGAAGAAGAAGUUUUCAAACCCCAUCUCCGGCCAGUGAAGCUCCGUGGGGAGGACGAAGUCAAAGUCGUGGUUCUCACAAGGCCGCAUAUUAUGCCACGCAAACCCCCAUGUGCGUUUUGCCAUUGACCCACGGCAUGUUGAGGCCGUUGAAGUGCAGCUCCGGCGUCCCUGCCGCCCGCAGCAUCUGGCCCCCGGUAGUACUCGGCGGUGACGGCGGCCGUGUUGGCGCGCAUUACGGCCGCUAGUAGGGGCAGGGCUAAUGCGCGGUCGCCGAGAGCUUCGGAUACGAGCAACAGCGCGCGAGUGCAGAGUGUGACGCACGAACCGACGAAAUGCUGCGAAAUGGUUCCCCGCAUCCUCUUUGCAUGUUGACGGCGUGAACAUUACUAAUCACCAUGCCCGGCGCACUGGUCUCGGGCUGGACAUACUAUGGCGGCGGCGAAUUUCCGGAUCCAAAUGCAUGGCCGUCAGGAUCACUCAUCGCUCGAGCCCUGGAAUAGGCGGCCCAGGUGGUGAAGAAUGAGUCCCAGCUCAUGCUGUCUACAACCUGAUGACUUGUUGCCGACGCGGUAUUUAAUAAGAGUCGCCUGGAAAUCAGCAACUCGGGGCCGUGGCCCGUGGGUGCUAAGAUCCGGUACGGUGGCCAUGGCGGACGGAAGCUGGUUUGACCCAUCGAAUAUAUGCAACGGCACAUCGUCGUUGGAAGUUCUUUUGAUGAUAACUCGCCGCGCCUCAUUGCUCCGUUGCAGCGUGCCUGUUAAUUCAGGGUGGUCGCCCAGGGCCUGAUUGAGCCCCUUGCUCAUCUGGUCGACAAUGCUGUCGUGAGCUUUGGGCAUCUUGUUCCGCAAGGGGAAUAUAUCGGCCAAAUGUAUAGGGGCACGCCGUAUAAUUCGACCCCCCGUGUCCUCGGAUUAUUCCUCUUGCGAAUCAAUACAUCACCAAGUGCUCCAUGGCUGGCAUAACAUAUACCAUCGGAUCCUUGUGUACCUGUGCAAUGGCCAUGAUCAAAACAUCCUUUUGCAUAAGACUGCCUAGAAUCCUGCCUUACGAGCCCCAAAAGUCAUCGAUCAGCACUCAUCGACUUUACGUAUGGGCAUUGAUCGGGCUGACCUGUGCAGUUUGGUGCGCGAGCUUCAUUGUAAUCCUGGCUCUUUGCCGACCCUUCCAGACCAGCUGGGACAAGUCACUGGUGGCGACGGGCAAGGACGCAAUGCGGUUCCCAGGGAGCUCUCGUCGGCAUCAGCCAGACGAGUCACAGUGACCAGUAUCAUUACCGACUUUGGCUGCACGAUCCUCCCCGGCGUCAUGCUCUGCAGGUCUCCCACGGGCCAGUCGAACAAGAUCCACAGCUCGUUCCUGUUUUCCGUCGCGUCUGUUGCUUGCGUCGCCGCCAUAACACGUGCCGCCACCUACAUCUCCCGCUACGCCAAUCCCUCGACAAUCUGCUUUACUACAUCAGUCUGUAAAUGCAAACUUUUGGCGAUGGCCAAGCGCACAGAGAGGCCUUCGUUUCGUCUAAACAUAAACAAGAUUCAGGAACGUAGCCAUCGCAUACGACCAUAGCCACUAGAAUAUACGGGAUCCCGUCCG